AUGUCUCCACUUCUGAGAAGCAUCUUUGAUAUCACUGAAAUUUUCAAUCAGUAUGCCUCACAUGAUUGUGAUGGGGCGGCACUAUGCAAGAAAGACCUGAAGAACCUCCUUGAAAGGGAAUUUGGAGCUGUCCUUCGGAGACCACAAGACCCUGAGACGGUGGAUGUGAUCCUGGAACUUCUGGAUCGCGACUGUAACCGGCUUGUCGAUUUCAACGAGUUCCUCCUGUUCAUAUUCAAGGUGGCUCAAGCUUGUUAUUACGCUCUCGCCCAGGCCUCGGGGUCAGAGAAGGGAGCCAAGCGUGGGGGGAAAGGGACCCCGUUAGAAGAUCGCUGGCAAGAAGAAGAGCAAAGGAGGUUGGAGCCCCGGGACCGACCGCUGGAAGAAGAACGCAGGCAGAAGAGGCAGGAACUGGAGCAAGCGCUCGCAGAGGAAGAGGAGGAACCGUGGGAGAAGCAAGAGAAGCGUGAGCAGCGGCUGCAAAGGCGAGAACGCGAAGCGCGCUGGGAGCAGGACGAGCAGCGGCCGGGGCGCAAGGGGCGCGCGCCGGAGGAGUUUGCUGACCGAAAGCGAGAGAGGCGAGAGCUGCAGGAACGCCAGCGCCUUGAGCAGGAGCAGCGCGAACGCCUGGAGGAGGAGCUGCCCCGGCGAGAGCGGCAGGAGCUGAAGCGGGAGCGCCUGGAGGAGGAGGAGCAGCAGCUGCAAAGGCGGAGGCGCGAGCGCGAGCAGGAGAGGCGCCAACAACUGCUGAGGCGCGAGCAGGAGCCGCGCUUGGAACAGGAGCUGAGGCGCCAGCAGGAGGAAAGGCGUGAGAAGGAGCUGAGGCGCGAGCAAGAGCGCGAGCAAGUGCCGCGCUUGGAACAGGAGCUCAGGCGCGAGCAGGAGCUGAGGCGAAAGCAGGAGCCGCUCUUGGAACAGGAGCUGAGACGAAAGCAGGAGCUCAGGCGCGAGAAGGAGCUGAGGCGCGAGCAGGAGCCGCGCUUGGAACAGGAGCUCAGGCGCGAGCAGGAGGAAAGGCGCGAGAAGGAGCUGGCUGAGGAGGUGCAGCAGGAAGAGGCCCGGGAGCGGGGUGAAAGCCGCACCCCGAGGUGGCAGCAGCAGCUAGAAAGCGAGGCCGACGCCCGUCAGAGGAAAGUCUACUCGAGGCCCCUCAGGCAGGAGCCGCAGAGGCGCCGCCAGGAGCUGGAGGAAGAGGAGGAGAGGCGGCGCCAGGAGCACGAGCUGCGGGAGCGGGAGGAAGAACUGCGCCGUGACCUCCAGUGGCAGUGGCAGGUGGAGGAAGAGAGCGCCAGGCGCCGCCAGAGGCUGUCGGCCAGGCCCCCACUGCGGGAGCAGCGGGACAGGCAGCGGAGGGCCGAAAGGCGCCAGGAACGGGUACAAAUGCUCCGUGAGGAGGAGGAGGAGGUGCAGCUCCAAGAGGAUCGGGAGAGGGAGCGACGCCAGGAGGAGCUGCGCCGUGACCAAAAAUGGAAGUGGCAACCAGAGGAGGAAAGCCAGAGACGCCGCCACACGCUGUACGCCAAGCCAGCUCAACGCGAGCAGCUGGAAGAGCAGCUGCGCCGCCAGGAGCGCGACAGAAAGUUCCGCGAGGAGGAGCAGUUUGCCCGGGAGGAGAAGCAGCGGCGUCAGGAACAGGAACUUCAGGAAGAAGAGCAGAGACGCCGCCAGGAGCAGGAAAGAAAAUUCCGAGAAGAAGAGCAGCUCCGCCGUGAGCAGGAAGAGGCGCAGAGACGCCGCCAACUCAGGGAGGACAAAGACCAGAACCGUCAGCAGGUUCUGGAGUCUGGCAAACGUCCAUUUGCCAGCGCCCCAGUGCGCUCCAGCCCUCUCUAUGAGUACAUCCAAGAGCAGAGAUCCCAGUACCGCCCUUAA